UGCAAAAUCAGGUGCGAAAAUUCAGGCUCCAAUUCGCUCUCUAGCGGGAGAAAUCAAAAGGAGAAGUUUCUUCCCGGGGUGGACGGUAUCCGAAAUACCGACCAGGAGAACAGCCCAAAUUGCCGGUGACACAGGCGCGGGGAAAUUCCCCAAAAAAAUCAUGUAGACGGGCAAUAGAUCCAAGGAGCAUCAUACAAAAUCUCGGGGUCUAAUACGAUCCGUGUAGGUAGACAUGAAAAAGGGAAAUUUGGAUCAAUAACCCGGGCCUGCAGAUGCAGAGCCUGCGUGCGCUCGGUGGUUGAGCAUGUUCAGUGGUUUUCUAUAGCAAGUAGUUUCUGAACCAACCGCCACGUUUUGGAGUCUACUAAUGCCACUACCUGCACACCAAAUGUUCUGGACUUGGAAGACUCUUUGUUCUAAUCAUGGCGCACAAGGUUGGUGAUUGGAAUCUCAUCACGCAUAAAUAAGAGAUUAGGUUCGGGAGAGCUCGCCAAUGUGAUGAGAGAUUCUCCUUUACCGACUAUGGGAAUUGGUAUUUUGUUCUCUCUUGGAAGACUGUGGGUUUGAGUCUCCUAUAUAUCUCUCUGCUCGUUUCCGGCUUCUCUAAUCUCUGCAGACGAGCUGAAGUGCAUCAACUCCAGCGCGCCAUGACGACAGCGAAGGAUUCUACUUUGAUCAUUGAAGUGGACCUCGCGUGCGAGAAAUGUCACAAGAAGAUUGAGAAAGUCCUCUUCAAACUCCAGUCAUCAGCCAAGGAGAACAUCAGGAAGAUUGAUUUCAACAACACGAAGAACACGGUCACCAUCUCCGGUCCUUUCGACCCAGAGAAGCUGUGCAAGAAGCUAAGGUGCAAGGCCUGCGAGGUGAUCAAGGACAUCAAGGUCGUCAAGCCUCAAGAAGAGAAGAAGACCGAGGCCAAGAAGCCAGACGAGAAAAGGCCGGAAGAGAAGAAGGCCGACGACAAGAAACCCGAGGACAAGAAGCCCGACGACAAGAAACCGGCGGACGACAAGAAGUCCGGCGACAGCAAGAAACCUGAAGACAAGAAGCAGGGUGAGGAGAAGCCCAAGGACGACGCGAAAACUGCUACGGCCGCCGCCGCGCCGCCGCCGUCGUCGACCACGACGGUCAACCUGCAGUUCACGCACAUGUGCGGCAUCUGCUACCCGUGGCCGUGCAGCGACCCGGCGCACUGGGGGCAGAAACCGCCUCAGUGGCCGUGCGAAGGGAUGGCGGCGGCGCCGUCUCCCGCCCCGGGCCACCACCAGAACCCGCAGCCGCCCUGGGUUGCCGCUCAGAAAUGGGCGCCGUGCGGGGGCCCGUCGUACUGCGGAGGGUGCGGGUCGUGCCACGGCGGCAUGUACGGUUGGGCGCCGCCGCCGCAGCCCAUGUGCUGCCCUGGGCCGUCGGCGUGCAGAGGGUGCAACGGCUGCCGGAUCGUCCACGAGAGCAAGUUCAGCUACGAAGAGUACCCGGCCAGCGCGUGUGCCAUCAUGUGAUGAUUUUAACUGUGCUUCUUGAAUCUUAGCUCUCCAAGAGUCAUUUUCCCCUGCAUAGAAAGGAAUUUUGUUGUACUUGGCAAUUGCACCGAGUAGUUUUUUUUUCAUCCAUCGUCUUGUGUGCACCGUCUGUGUUUGUGUCCAUGAACAAUAUUUGCAUUUUCUGAUUA